AUGCCAUCAGAAGUGCCUGCUCCGUCGCUUACACUAGGCCGCCCUUUCCGAAAAGGUGGUAGCGCCUCUUCACGCUCCGUCUGCUCCGAUGGAGAUGCCGUGCGUGCGACAGAUUCUGAUGCUCUUGGCUCUCGCUUAGCUGCAUGUCGCGCGGGGUAUCUAACUCCCGACGUAUACGCCGAAUUAUUGGCCACAGAAGCACCUGUCCCAAGUCUGUCGAUUCGACGUCCACCACUCAUUAGUAUUGGAACAUACCUGCGCUCGUGCGAGACAGACUCACUUGUGCAACACUUCAUCGACACUGGAACCAUCGGACCAACUGAUUCCUUCGACGGUCGCGCUCUUUCUUCUCCAUCAAAAGUGCAGAUCAUUAGCCUGGGAGCCGGAAGUGAUACGCGUUUCUGGCGCAUGGGCUGCGUACCAAAAGUGGCACGCUACAUUGAGCUGGACUUUCCUGAAACGACUGCACUCAAAGCUGCGUGUAUCCAACGGCACGCACCAUUGCAUGAAGCUCUAACAGAUGUACAUAUAAGCGAACAUGUAUUCGAAUCAUCCAAGUAUGUCUUGGUUGGUGCCGACAUUGGCUCCCUUGCUACUCGGCACGAGUGGGAGACCAGAGUCGGUCGCUUCCUUGAUGCUUCCCUGCCUACGUUAAUUCUGUGUGAAUGUGUGCUGGCCUACAUGGAUGUGAGCGUCGCUGAUGAGAUGCUCCGUACAUGUUUCAGCACGCUUGGGCAGGUGAGUCUGCUCAGUUAUGACAUGUGUGUCAGCGGUGACAGGGAAGACCGACCUCAUGACCACAUUGCUCAUGACACAGAGCCAACACGUUUCGGCAAGGUCAUGCUGCAGAAUCUCAGCGCGCGCAAGCUCAUAUUACCUGGCGCACGUCAAUGCACGACGCCAGCUGCAUAUAAGGAGCGCUUUGAGCAGCUCGCACGUUCAGAGCGCGCCUAUUCUUCUUGCAGUGCCGCACAUACACUUCGUGACGCGUGGCACAAUCUGGACCGGAGGGAGAGGGCGCGUGUGUCGAUGCUCGAACAUUUGGACGAAAUUGAAGAGCUUGAAAUGUUGCUCGGACAUUAUUGCAUGGCUUGGAUAGAUCGGAUUAUUGUACAGUAG